AUGCCGUCCUACUACACUCUCACUGAGCCACACCCAACCGUCGCCCAGAACAGCUACACGCACUCCGGGCGCGGCGGCCUAGGCAACUUCUUCCGCGCGCCCGCCACUACUGCACCAAGCGGAGUACCCACGCCAUCGACCUCCACAACCGCCGCCAGCACCCGACGAUUCUACUCGGGCCGCGGCGGCGCCGGGAACGCCCACUCGGCUGGCGUGCGACCCGUCUUGUCCUUCGACGAGGAGUUUGCCCGCGCCGAGGUGCGCGAAAACAAGAAGGCCUCCGGUAGCUCGGCGAUCCAUGUCGGACGUGGCGGCGCCGGGAACUUCAUUUCUAGUUCUUACUCGAACGGCAAAUCCCAACAAGCGGGGGAUGACUACGAUGGCGAGACGCUUGCCCGGCGGGGUUCGGCCAACACCGAUAUGAGCAGCCGGUCAACAUCCAGCUCGGGAUCCCUCUCCGGAUUCUGGGGCCGCGUAAGGAGCGCUGGGCGGUAG